CGCCAGUGUCGGAUCGUGAGAAAGUGAAUAAGACUAGGCUCGCAUCGCAGGACAUUUAAAUCGACUGUAAGCAGACUCGUUUGAAAAGGGAAACGGUUUCUUCGCGUAUCGUGCACCUACCGCAACACCGUGAACCUACGACACAACUCUACUCGACGAAACACGAGCAACGAGGUCGAACUACGCUUAUUUAUUACAAUCCUACGUCCUACGUCCUACGUCCCUUCGAACGAUUUUUUUUUUAUUCAUACUAGUGUGUGUUCGAGCUCUUCGUCCCGUACUUUCCCCCGUGAGUUCGAUCGAGAGGCAGCUCCGACGAUACGAGGAUAUAUACGCACGUACGCAGAGAAAACAGGAGAGCCGAAAUACGAAAAAAAGAAGCGCAUUUUACGAGUCCAGUAAUCACGUCAGACGAGAGAACACCAGAGACGGGAAAGAAAGUGUGUUGUGCAUGAAGCAAGGGGAUAAUAAAACCCGUACGCCGGCUUUUUUUCACGUCGUCGAACCCCGAGUCCCGUGUUGUAUAUAUUGUUUUCGCGUAAACGGCCUCUAGGUGAGUGAUAUUCGGAGUCAUUGCCCGAAACCAAGGUCCUAUACGUGUAUGUAUACACGCGUACACACAGCACGCGUGUAUGUAUGUUAUAUUUUGUGAAGUGUUGAGUGUCCUGGCGAGCGUCUUUCCGUGCGAAUUCGUGUGAACUUCUGCCAUAUCUUUACGAUCGAUUCGUGCAUGCUCUGUCUGGUCGCGCCGGCGAAAAACGGUUUGGCAACGUGGCACGUGAAUAAAGUGACACCGCGACGACGACGGCGACGGCGACGACGACGACGACGGCGGUGAGAAGGGACGGAAAAAACGAAGGCGGAGAGAAAAAAACGGCCGAUCCCCGAGUCUGUGCGUGGCGGAGAAGCUUGACACACCGGAAUAUCUUGGAUCGCGAGCAGUCACCGGAGAAAAAGAAGGAGGAGAGGCUGUGCCGCCGCCACCGUUUCUCUCUUGUGUGCGUGUGCGUUCGAGAGGUUAGAAACGCCACGGGAACAUGGAUCUGCUUUGCUGCGAGACCACCGAGACUGAGUGCAGAGCCUACGCUGAUCCCGCUCUACUUGGCGAUGACCGUGUGCUGCAAAAUCUGCUGAAAACCGAGGAGAGAUACGCGCCCAGCAGUUCUUACUUCGAGUGCGUGCAGAAGGACAUCUCGCCGCUCAUGCGCAAGAUCGUCGCGGAGUGGAUGUUGGAGGUAUGCGAGGAGCAGAAGUGCCAGGACGAGGUCUUUCCCCUGUCGAUGAACUACGUCGACAGGUUCCUCUCGAUCUGCCCGAUCAGGAAGUCGCAGCUGCAGCUGCUAGGAACUGCCUGCCUGCUUCUCGCCUCGAAAUUGCGAGAACCGUCGCCGCUCACGGCGGAGGUGCUUGUUUUCUACACAGACAACUCCAUCACCCUGGAUGACUUAUGGAGGUGGGAACAGCUGGUCGUCUCGAAGCUGAAAUGGGAAUUAUCCGCCGUAACGCCCGGUGACUUCCUGACGCACAUCCUGAGCAGACUGCCGGUGCCACGUACCUGGGACCCGGUGAUGGUCAGGAGGCACGCGCAGACCUUCAUCACCCUCAGCGCCAGAGAGUACAAAUUCUCGAUGUACACACCAAGCAUGAUUGCGGCGGCGAGCGUCGCGGCGGCCCUCCACGGUCUCGAUUGGACUGGGAAAAGCGGUUACGGGCUGGCCGGCCUCCUCGACGAGUUAACCCGCAUCACGGCUAUCGAACAGGAUUAUCUGCAAAGUUGCCUAGAACAGAUCGAGGAGAUGGUCUCCCAGGCAGUGGGUGCAGAAGGUACCGGUGGAAACGCUCAUCAGGUGAGCGGAGCAUCGCUUUCUGGCGCACCACAGAGGCCUCUGGGGGACGAGAUCACCAGCCAGGAGAAGAUCCUGGAACACGAGAAGGCGGGCACGCCGACCGAUGUGAGGGACGUCCAUUUUUGAGAGACGCCGUUGAGGGAAACUCUAGCCAGGGUGACUCUCUGCUGAGCCUGGAAGCCGAGGAAGAAGCGAUACCCA